UAUGACAUUGAUGACCACGGGUCAUUUUAUGAAGAGGAAGACCGUUCACAUCGGAUGCCUUGGCAGCCGUGCUUACAACGCUCAUGCGAGGACUGGGACUUCAACAACAACACCAACAACAACAAUGGUGGUGACAACAACAACAACACCAACAACAACAAUGGUAGUGACAACAAUAACAACACCUACAACAACAACCCUCUCUUUGCCUUAUCUGAGGCGCAGUUACAAUACAUGGAAGAUGUGCUAUCUAGUGAGGAAGGAAGACAGCUGCUAGAGGACAGUGCCAGCCUACCCGAAGUCCCAGACGCACUGAUACCAAGUACUGCUGAUAAGACUGCUUGCUACAGUGUUAUGCCACAGUGGUGUUACUGCUCAGACGACGAUCUCGACAUGGUAACAGAAGUUAUUGCUGAACAGCAAAACUGCGCUGAUAUGUGUUUGAAUCAUUCGAAGUGCGCGACACACAACAAUGGGGAGGAAGUAUUAAAGAAAGUGGCAAUCGAGCAGGAGCACGUGAUCGCUACUAAUAUGGUCCUGGGUGUGAUGGCGGACCACGGUAAUUACUGCUUACGUGGAAGACGCCACGAUAAACAACGCGCAUCCUCAAUAAAGUACGCAGACAUGGCACCAGAUAGAGCAGGAGCUUAUGGUCGCAGAUGCCCGUAUGAUGUGUAUUCGAAUUACGGCUGCCAGUCUAAGACUGGUAUGGUGUCACAGCGCACGUUUCUGAACAAGCGGGGAACAGCGUGUGCUGGCGUCGGCGCUACGGAAAGAAAACGCCAAUCCAAGAAACAAAAGCGACAGAUAACGUCAAAAUGUUUUGAAAAAGAAGUUAAGACGGUUGGUAAAUUUUGCCGGAGGCGCAAAUGGUCCAAAUGCAAGCCACGGUGGCACGACCACAAAUACAGAUCAGACUGUAAAGCAAAAAGGACGAACAACGUGCUCUUUUCUAAAACGUAUAAUACGCCGCACGAUUUACUAACACAAGGUACAGAAUCAGCGACCUGCACAUCGUUGCCUCUUCGCUUCGGAAAAUCGCACGAUGCUAAGACAGCAGUCGAUAUCUUUCGUGAUAAAAAGCCUACAACAAACAUAGAUUACUCGCCUAAAAAAAUGGUUACAAGGGGCAAGCGUGUGCCAGUCGAUUUGCUUCUGAAGGGCAAAGGCUUUGAUAGAUUUGGCUUUCAGGACACCGUUUCCGAUGUCUUUAGACAGAUGAGUCAGCGUAGAGAUAAAACUCCGAUGUGUGAAAUCGAACAGGAGGCUCCUAACACCCAAGUUUACAAGUCGAAGGAUAGCGAAGUGAGCCACGUCGAGGUGCACAAUUUGGCGAAGAACUGUAGGGGAGAUGGAGAGUGUUUUUCCUCAACUGUCAUGUAUUAUGAAGGUGAAAACGUGCGCGCAACCGGUCCCCGCCUCGUUACAAGCAAAGGAGAGCGUUCUCGGCCCUAUGCCAGACACAGUUCCCGCAUUCAAGCGAUGAAGCGGAAGACUAUUUGUACGUGUUGUGUGUAAUCGUUAGUCGCGAGUGUCCUAUGCUGGUGUAUCAUGAUUGUAUAUCGUGCUACAGCAAGCUGUGAAACCGGCGUGGUUGCAUGUGGUGUACCAUGUGUUAUAACCUUACUUUCAACCGUGUAAUAGGGAAUGCGUAACCGUUCAUCACGUUUCACGAAGUUGUGUAGUUAGCAAUCGUCCUUUGCUUGUUAUUAGAUGUGUUAAGUUGGAAAACGCUGUUAUGUGUUUUAAAUAUGUUGAAUUGAGUAUAUAUAUAUAUAUAUAUAUAUAUAUACGUGCGUGCGUGCGUG